AUGGUUCGGCAAGAAGAUGUGGACAACUUGUUUGCCAAACCUGGGACGGCUCGUCGUCAUUGCAUCCUGCUGAGUGCCUGCAUAAUUUUCGACGUGACGAUCUAUCCCUUGAUGAUUUGGUUUCUUUUCAUUGACGUGCCCGCCUUCUUGCAGCCGCCACCUCAGGAGGAGGACGAGCGCAUGUUUCUUUUCAUCAAGCUUGGGGCCGUGUGUGGCUUUACCUUUGUGGUCUGUAUGUACCAAGUGAUUCUCUUCGACUUGUUUGGUCAGCACUGCUCAAGGAUGC